UUUUCUAUGACAAUUUGAAUAUCAAAAUAUGUGUUAUUUUUAAUAAUUUCGUGUUGGUUAAAUGAUCAUGGGUUUUUAUUAGGAAGAUUCCAGACUUAUACAAAACUGUUGUUGCAAGAAUGGCUAGACUAAAAUGUUCAACGUUUUUAUCGAUUCAGGCUGAAACCCACAGAACACAGGGGAAAUUAGUAGGAACCACUGAAAACUAUUAUGAAUGACAGAAGACCACAGUGGCAUAGAUAGUGGUUUAUUUUGCAAUUUCCCCAUAUUUGGGUUAUAUUUUGAAAUUUGCCUAAUAAUUUUUUCCAAGAGAAAUGCCUCUUACAUGUAUUGUGACUGGCUGUGUAUCUCGUCACGAUAGAGAUAGAUUUGGAUUUUAUCAUAUUCCUACCAUUACAAAACACAGGUUUUUGCCUGAAAAAAAUGAAUUAUCCAGAAAGCGAAGAGCACUAUGGUUAGAUGCAAUCAACAGGGAUGAUCUAACAGAUUCGAAGAUCAAGUAUCAGAGAGUAUGCAGCAGACAUUUCAUAACAGGCAAACCUGCUGCUUUAAUGGAUGAAACCAAUAUUGACUGGGUUCCUACACAGAACAUGGGACCUUCAGGGCAAAAUAUAAGAAAGACUUAUAAAGUAGAUGUAGAAAUGAAAGAGAGAUUGGAUAACAUAAAAAUUGAAUUACCCCAAAAUGAAUCCCAUCCUCACGAGGAAGUUGAUUUCAAUAAUGAUGGACUGAAAACAGACAUUUCAACACAAACAAAAAGUGUGCAGACCAUUGAUUGAUAUCUUCUCCAUUGGAUUUCUCUAACAUAAUGAUAAUAAUUCAAAGAGAUGAUGAAGAAAUGUUUUGAAAGAUACUAAGGACUCUUCUGUUUUAAAUGAUCUUCUCAGUUUUCAAUACUCUCAUACGAGUUGAAAAAAUUGGUUUUCAAUAAGGAUUUGAUAUGGAAUAUCAUUCAAUAAACUGAUGGAAGAAGAAAAAUAUGAAAUCCCAUAUUCCUGAAAGCAGGAGAGACAGAGAGUAAUUUUUGGGUGAACAACUAAGCUGGUAGAGGAGAUAGAAACAAGAAUUUUAUUGUUGCAUCUUAAACUAAAUUUAGCCUUUGUACUACAUCAUAAUAUUUUCUUUGAUUUCAUAUUUAUAUUUUGAUAAUGUAUUUUUAUGUUUUAUGUUAAAAAUAAAAUUUUGAAAUAUU